CCUGUUUACUUAACAAUCCCCCAGCCAUCUCACAAAAUUUCUAACAGAAUAGCCUACACGAGUUAUAAUAAAUACUAUCCAGUGUCAAGCACCUUUGAGAUUCGGCACGUGUUGGUCAUUCACCGGCUAGCUUAGCAAGCAUCAGGCACUGACAUGCUAGCAAACCCACGCACUCAUAUUAUGCUAGCACACCAGCGCGCCCUCUCGUGAGCUCAUUUCUACUAAAAAAACUACUCGCACUGUGCAGCACUCUCCUCACCCAAGUUUGGCGACCGCAGCUAACGUGUCGGCUACCUCCGGCACACAAUUCAAAUCUCUCCCGCAGGACACUCUGCUCCCCGUGCUGGCAGACGCCAUGAUUUUAGCCGAGUGGAUGGAUUGACUAGGAGCAUCAUGGCUUACGAGGAAACUGACGCCAUCUUGGAUCUGCAAGGACGUGCACGGCCGUUGGGCGGCAAGAUAGUUUAGACCCAAAAUGGCAUCGCAAAUAUCUGCUUCACUUACACCAUUAUGGCUUUGGAAGAUAUCUGUGGCUUCAAAGACUCUCCUGUGCAUCGCAAGUGGUUUCCUGACUCUCAUUUCGAAGAUACAGCCACAUCUUUUCAAAUCAGUGACUAUUACAGCUUUGGAUUGGGAAGACGGAGAAAUAGUGGGAUCCCACUGCAUUUCUUCAUACCAACUUUGUCAAACUCUGCCAACCACAGACCUUCAUUCCCCUUUUUGCCAGCCAACCAUUCAGUGACAGUCCGCAGGCCUUUCCCUCUCUCUCAUGGAACAACGACCUUGGGUUUCAUCUUCGAAGGUGGGGUCAUUGCAGCUGCCGACACACGGGCGAGUGCUGGGGGGCUUGUUGCCUGUCCAGCUGUUCAUAAGAUUACACCAAUUCACUCCCAUUUAGUGGUCACCUCCUCUGGUAGCGGUGCAGACUGCAUGCUAUGGGAGCGAAUUCUGGCCAGAGAGAUCAGACUCUACCAACUGAGGCACAGACGUUGUCUUUCAAUAUGUGGUACUGCCAAGCUCCUCUCCUUUAUGCUGCACCCAUUUAAAGGGACUGACGUGUGUGUGGCUCUUACACUUUGUGGCUGGGACAAGGAAGCAGGUGACACUGGCUUUGCAAAGAGGUCAGAAGACUCAUCGUUUAUUACUGAUGAUAGCUCCUCAACUGUUGUUAGUAGCCAAGAUGUUACUGCAAUGGUACAUUCUGCAUCUCCUAACAGUGGCCCAAAGCUGAUAUACGUGUGCAGUGAUGGAGCCCGCCUGCAGGGGGAUGUCUUUUCUGUGGGCUCAGGCUCUCCUUAUGCGUAUGGAGUCCUGGAUAGAGGGCUGAGGUGGAGCCUGAGUAAAGAAGAGGCCAUCUCCUUGGCAAGAGAAGCCGUGUUCAGAGCCACUCACAGGGAUGCCUACUCAGGAAACAAUGUGGACCUCUUUCACAUCACAGCCCAGGGAUGGAGCCAAAGAAAGAGAGAGGACCUGAAAGAGGAAUAUUAUAGAGACAUGGAGAGGAGGGCAAAGAUAGUGGAGGGGGAAAAAAGAGGCCCUCUUCUUCAGAGUAGUUGAUCCAUUUUUGUCAGCCAGCUAGAAUACACUCUUUCUUCAUGAUUCAUGUAGUCUAAAAUGCUAAGUAGUUUGAAAUUGUUGUAGCCUUGAAAUGUUUUUAU